AUGGCUGUCGGUAUUGAUAUGGGCGACGACAGCAUCGUGUUGGAGCGAUUUCGACCUCUCAAUCUUGUGCUGAACACACCCAAAGGUCGCGGCGUCUUCGCAAGCGCUCCCAUACCUGCAGGCACCAUUGUAGACAUCUCCCCAGUACUAAUCCUAGACCCCCAAGAAAACGUCGAGCACAUCGAAAAGACCUCGCUGUAUCACUAUACCUAUAACUGGCCCAUCAAGACCACUACUCGAAAAGUCAUCACUACUCAGGCCAUCAUACUUGGUCUAGGCUCCAUGUUCAAUCACUCUACGGAUGAUCAAAAUGUUGGCUGGACACGGAAACUCGACAAGGAAGUCAUCGUCUAUCGUGCGUUAAGGGACAUUCAUGAAGGCGAAGAACUUUGCAUAUCUUAUGGAGACCACCUGUGGUUUGUCGAUGCUGAUGCUGAGAAGUCCAAGGCUGAACCUGAAGUUGGUGAGGAAAUGCUUGGAAGGAUCGAGCUGGAUGAUGUCUGA